CAGAGGGAAAAUCAGGAACACAGGACACCCCUGCCUCGGUCCCAGCCCUGGUUCUUGACCCCUGACCCUUCUUUCUCAACAUACGCGUGGCAGCAUCAUACGGAAGGGCAGGUUUUUCUCAUUGGAGCUCUGAAUGCCCAGGCCCCCUCUGCCAUGGCCAGCCGGGGUGGGGGCCGGGGUCGCGGCCGUGGCCAGCUGACCUUCAACAUGGAGGCUGUGGGCAUCAGCAAGGGGGAUGCGCUGCCCCCACCCACGCUGCAGCCUUCUCCACUCUUCCCUCCCUUGGAGUUCCACCCUGUGCCCCUGCCCUCGGGGGAGGAAGGGGAGUACGUGUUGGCACUGAAGCAGGAGCUCCGAGGGGCCAUGAGGCAGCUUCCCUACUUCAUCCGGCCAGCGGUCCCCAAGAGAGAUGUGGAGCGUUACUCAGACAAGUACCAGAUGUCUGGGCCGAUUGACAAUGCCAUCGACUGGAACCCUGACUGGAGACGUCUACCCCGGGAACUGAAAAUCCGUGUGCGGAAGUUACAGAAGGAGCGAACCACCAUCCUCCUCCCCAAGAGACCCACUAAGAGCACAGAAGAUAAGGAGGAAACAAUCCAGAAAUUGGAGACCCUGGAGAAGAAGGAAGAAGAAGUAACUUCAGAGGAAGAGGAGGAGAAAGAAGAAGAAGAAGAGAAGGAGGAGGAAGAGGAAGAGGAGUAUGACGAAGAGGAGCAUGAGGAGGAAACUGAUUACAUCAUGUCCUAUUUUGACAACGGAGAGGACUUUGGGGGUGACAGUGAUGACAAUAUGGAUGAAGCCAUCUACUGAAGAGGACCCUGAUCAGUACCUCACACUUCAUGUCUUUUUUGAGUCAGGUUACAGAGAGGCACUUGGCUUUGUGGACUAGCAGAUCAUUUGCUCACUGUCCAUCUAACCUAAUAGGAGGACAGACAGCUCUCUCCUGCCAGUCCCCUCUUUCUACCCCUUUAUCACUCUGAUAUCUUGGGGAAACGGCAAAGGACCCAUGUCUUCAUUGUAUGAAAAGGAAAAAGAAGGGUUUUAAUGGACUAGAGUGAUAGUACAGAGGAAAAGGCAUUUGCCUCGCCUGCAGCUGACCUGGGUUGGAUCCCUUGCAUCCCAUAUGGUCCCCUGAACACCACCAGGAGUGAUUCCUGAGUGCAGAGCCAGGAGUAACCCUUGAGCAGCACGGGAUGUGACCCAAAAAGCAAAGAAGAAGAAGAAGAAGAGUUUUAAAGAAGAAUAGGUGUUGUUAGGGCUGAGAAAGCACUGCAUAUGGCCCCCCGACUCAUUUUUUAACAGUUUGAUGUGGAGUUCAGUGUGAGUGCGAGCAGGUCAGUUUCAUAUUUUUAAAUAAAAGGUGUUUUUUUAAUCUGUUUCCUCUCUCAGCAAGGAAUCAAUGGGAGAGUGCUGAGAAGUGAAGGAGCUGACUAA